CCUAACAUAAUCCACAAAAUAUUUCAGUUGUCACAAACAGUCUUGAUACUAACAAACAUCUAAGAAUCGUAUCUUUACUCCCGUAGGAUUUAUUUCUUCUAGGAAACCAGGAUGUGAGAAUAUUAGUAAUAAGAAGGAAGUAAAUAGUUGUGACUAAAUCCUUCAAGUAGUGUUUAUUCUUUAAUGCUGUGCUUUUGCUCUAACGAUUUUUAAACACUCAUCCCCUCAAACAAGAAAUCAUUCAUCGACGGACUGAAGUUAAAUGUUCAUGCGUACCUCAGAACAGUUAGCCUUACAGUAAAAAUGAUGACUUCGAGCAGAUUCCAUUUUUCUCUAGUGUUGUUGAUGAAUACAUGUUUCGUUGUCACAACUUCAAGAUCCACGCAGAUGUUAGGUCAGAAGGGAGGUCAUCAGAACCUAACCCUCUCUGUCAACGAACUGCUUGAGUUCCGCUUCUCCUUCACUGACGAGGUAAACGACAGCCACAACAUCGUCGUACACGUUAUGCAUCAACGUGGAGGUGUGGAGACCUUUGACACCAAAUGUAUCAUCAGACAGUCUCGCGAGAACUGCACGAGCUCGGCAGAGAUGUGUCGGUGUCUGUGGGAGCCUUUCGGCAGCUACAUUCUCCACAAGAUCGUUACCAAGGAAGAUUCUGGAACAUGGACUUUUAAACUGUGGAAUGCACAACCUGAAGUGUUCAAGAUGUUGCAUAUUAACGUUGAAGUGGAGAACAAAACUGAAUUGGCAAGCGGCACGAUGAAAGACGAUGCAAAAUCAACAUUGUCUACUGUCACCAUUCUCAUUAUCAGCAUCUUCGCUGUAGCUACUGUCAUGAUUUCAUCCUACUUAGUCAUCAGGUUCUUGGUGAAACCACUUCAGCAUGAUCGGAUGACAACAUAUGCAUCAGCACCUCCAUCGCAAGCAACAGUUCCAGUAACACCACCCCUAUCAGCAGCAGUGUCGCUAGAACUAACUCCAGCAGCACCAUCCGUAUCAGCAACAAUCUCGCCAGCACCAGUUCCAGUAACACCUCCCCUGUCUGCAAUACUGUCUUCAGAAGCAACUUCGGACGCUGCACCCGUAUCAACAACAGAGUCGCAAGAGCCAGAACCAGAAGCACCACCCCUAUUAGUAGCAGUAUCGCCAGCACCAGUUCCGGUAACACCACCCGUAACAGCAAUACUAUCGCCAGAACCAACUCCAGAAGCUGCACCCAUACCAACAACAGUUUCACCAACACCAGCACCGGUAGCACCACUAACAGUAACAAAAUCAGGAGAACCAGCGCUGUCAUUGCUACUAACAGAAGCGUUGACAUCAGCGCCACCAACAUCAGCUUCAGCACCAGUAGCACCAAAGCUUCCAGCACAACCGGCCUUAGCACAAGCACCAGCGUCGUCCCUAGCAACAACACCAGUACCAGAGCCAGUACCGCUAGCAACAAUUCUAACCAACAAACCAUUGCCACCACCAAAACCAUCAACUGGCCAUCAUUAGCUCCAGCAUCGCAGUUUCUGUGAGACAAACUCCGGACAUAAAGAAGAUCAAAACACUGUUGGGUGUACUCACACAAAGAUUAAGAUGCUUAUGAUAAACAUUAUUAUUCCGGCUGACAGUUUAGCAUUGCUUUUAUACACCAUUCCUCAUAUUUUCCCUCUUUGUUUCCUCUAUCUCUUUUUUUCUGUUGCACACAUAUUAUAUAUAUCACGUUUUCAAGGACGACUUUGUCAUCAUAAACUUUUAUUGCCGGCUCAACCUGAAACACACAAUACCUCUCCCUUUCUGUCUUCGAUAUCUCUUUUGAUAUAUAUAUACACACACAUAAAACAAACUCAGAGAUAAGUUGACAUCACACAAAAAGCGACUGAACGAUGUAACCGCAUUGGUUAUGCUGAUUGUUUCUACUUUUCAAUAAAAUUUUACGUACAGCAAGGAAAUGUUAGUGUUUGGGUAAAGUUCAAAUAUUGAAACCAAAAUGUGUGGUGUUAA